AUGAUCACCGAACCUGUGACCUCCAACGAGUUUGAAGUGUAUGUGCAGUGUCUUGCUCAGUUUGCUAUCGACUAUUACAACAAUCCUACUGUCUAUAAUGUUUCACCAGAUGUAAGCCAAGGUUUCCUCUACAACAACAUGCCUAAAAAUGGUCCUGAGUAUCCUGAGAGCUUUAAUGUAAUUUACGAAGACAUCAAGAAGAAGAUUAUGCCCGGGCUUACCCACUGGCAACAUCCUAACUUUUUUGGCUACUAUCCCAUUGGGCGCUGCUAUCCUGACAUGUUGGCGGAUUUUAUUACCUCUGCCCUUUCCGUCAUUGGUUUUUCUUGGGACUCAUGUCCUGCCUUAACAGAAAUGGAGCACGCUAUGAUUAAUUGGGUUGGAAGAGCACUUGGAUUGCCAGAAACAUUUUUAUUCCAGGAUUCCCCUGACUCAAGCCAGGGAGGUGGCACUGUUACAGAAUCCGGUUCGGAUGCGAUAUUCUGCGCAGUUCUUGCAGCGAGACAGUGGAAAAUCAACGAAGUGAUUGAAGAGCAACAACGUACUGGAGUCGCAAAGUAUGACACUAUUCACGACAUUGCAAAGAGAUUAGUUGUGUACUGCAGUAAAGAUGCUCAUUCAUGCAUUGAGAAAGCAUGCAAUCUGGCAAUGCUCAGAUGUCGCUUGAUACAACCAACUGAGGAGAAUCAGUGGGGAAUCACCGGAGAGCAAAUCGAAGAACAAAUCAAAAAGGACUUACAAAGAGAUUUGAUUCCAUGCUUUAUCAACUGCACUCUCGGGACAACUUCAACGGCUUCCUGUGACAAGUUAACAUCAAUAUGUCCCAUAGCUAAACUAUAUGGAACAUGGCUGCAUGUUGAUGCUGCAUAUGCCGGAAGCACGUUCAUAGAUCCUAAAUAUCGAGAAGUCGCAGAUGGAAUAGAGAAUGCACACACAAUCAACGUUAAUCUCAGUAAAUUUCUUCUUCACUCUGCCACAUUAUCUAUUAUUUGGACGCGAGAGCAACAAACCUAUAAGGACGCAUUUGCUAUCACUCCUAUUUAUCUCAAACCUUCACAUGGGGUUGUCAGUGAUCAUAGAGACUGGGGGCUUCACUUGAGUCGCCGCUUCAAGGCACUUAAGGUUUGGUUCAUCCUACGUCUUUGUGGCGUUGAAGGUCUUAGGCACUAUGUUAACAAGAUAUGUGAAAUGGCAAGCUACUUUGAAUCGUUGGUGGAUCAACACCCUAAUCUUCAGAUUUUUACACCCAGAAAUUUCGGAUUGUUCACAUUCCAGUACAUUGAACCAAACUUCUCCAAAGACGAAAGAAAUACACAUACUCUCAGGCUCUUUCAGUUCUUUAAUGACGUUAUACGCGUUUCCGUGAGCUAUGAAAAGACAACGAAAGAGACCAUUGACAAUGCGUUCAAUAUUAUGAAGGUCAUGACUGAAGAUUACAAGAAAAGAAGAGGAGACCCCACAUUAGUGAAGGCUCUUGAUGUCACUCUUCUUGGAUAUGAAACUGAAGUACCAACUGAUGCGGAAUAUAAAAUUUUUCCUACAACAUCUACCAAAACUAAAGUUGAUAAGUUGGGAAAGGUCCCCAAACCAACAUCAAAGGACAGCAAUAACAUGUCUACUCAUACACCUAUAAAUGUUGUACCUCAAAUAGAAACACCUAUCCAUGGCCGAGAAGAAAGCCGCUCAAACAAGCCAUCCGAUACAAGGGUCACAAGUUUAGACGGAAAGGAAAACUCAAAUCCAACGAAAACGGUUGUCAGUUCAGCAAUUGAAGCAAAACCUACUGCUGACUCGAGCCAACAGCCUCCAUCUUAUUAA